AUGUCACAUAGAAAUGCCGUCGUUUUGGCCCUCUCCAUAACUAUUCUAUUCCAAAUCCCCUUCCCAGCCACAGCUCCAUGGCCGUCACCGUCACCGUCAUCGCCACCGUCAUCUCAAAUUCGAGCGAUAUUCGCCUUUGGAGACUCCACAGUCGAUCCAGGAAACAACAACCACAUCGCCACGCUCCUCCGCGCCGACCACCUCCCGUACGGCCGAGCCUUACCAGACCACGUGGCCUCCGGCCGAUUCUCCGAUGGAAAAUUAACCACCGAUUACAUAUCCUCCACCCUCGGACUCUACGACCUCUUGCCAGCGUACCUAGACUCGUCUCUCACCGACAUCGACCUACUCGGCGGAGUGAGCUUUGGGUCGGCCGGGACCGGGCUGGACGAAGUGACGGCGAAUUUGUCGAAUGUUUUGGACUUAGAGAGUCAAUUGAAUUACUUUGAGGAAGCGAUGGUGAGGAUUAAGAAGAUGGUGGGGGAAAGAAAGGGAGAAGAAAUGGUGAAGAAAGGUUUGUUUGUGAUUAGUGUGGGGACGAAUGAUUUGUUGUAUAAUCUUUAUAUGUUGCCGACGAGAAUGCUGCAGUUUUCUGUUUCUGGCUACCAUGAUUUCUUGCUUCAAAAGCUUCGAUCCGUCGUUCAGAGGCUUUACAAGAAAGGAGCAAGAAAGAUGGUAGUGGUGGGAGUUCCACCAAUUGGGUGUCUUCCAUUGCAAGUGACAAUGGGAAGCUUAAUUCCAAGUGAUCACAUGAUGCAGCGCCUUUGCAACAAGAAGCAAAACAAUGACUGCCAAGCUUACAACAAGAAGCUCAAAGCUCUUACCUUUAAGCUUCAAGCAAGCUUGGUGGGAGCUAAAGUGGUGUAUCUUGAUGUUUAUGGCCCUAUCAUGGACAUGGUAGCUAAUCCUUCUAAAUAUGGUUUUGAGGAAACAAGUAAAGGGUGCUGUGGAAGUGGGUUAAUGGAGAUGGGUCCAAUGUGCAAUUUUCUAUCUCCCAUAUGUUAUGAUGCUUCUAAAUUCAUAUUCUGGGAUGCUGUUCAUCUUACACAAGCUGCUUAUUCCAUUCUUGCCAAUCAAUCUGCAGCCACCUUACUCCCCCACUUUUCUUAA